AUGAGUCAGCAAAAUGCAUGGGAUUUACAUCCGCUUCCUUUACCGGGUCCACGUCCCUGCUCAAGCGUCUAUAGUCAAGAUGAGAAUCCUUUUGGGGACAACUUCUCCUUGGAAGAUCUCGCUGAUAAAGUGAAUGAAUUCGAGAAAUCCUCAGAAUCAAACACACUUGCACAUUUAGUAAGGGAAAACCAAACUUUGUAUCAAAAUGUUACAUUUUAUCGGCGAGAAUGGGAUGCUUUGAUGCAUUUGCUAGACGAGUUGAUGGAUUCAAAUUUGUUGAUCAGAAGUACUUUAAAGGAUUGUAAUGACAAGAUCACGGAAGCCAAGGCUGCUUGGUUGGCAUUCUGGGGUAUCGUUGAAUCAUCACAUGAAAAUAAUUGGAUUUGA